AUGGCAGUGCAUGGUGUCGUGUAAUGUAAUUCGCCUUUCGCAUACAGAAAUCACAAAAUACGAUACAAAUAAUAUUUUAAUAAAUUUAGGUAAAUAGUGGACAUGAACAGUUUGCUGAACAGUUAAAUAGAAACGUUAAAAUCGAACUUAUACGAUCGUUGUCCCACGAUGUUUUAAAAUCGUUUGUAUUGUAUGGUGACGCGUAAUACACAUCAUGAUAAGGAAUAAUUUGCCAAAUGGUUGGAUUGCGUUAAAUUCGAAAAGACGUCCAGGUCAAGUGUAUUAUUAUAAUGCCAAAACGCAUCAAUCCUCUUGGGAAGUGCCUACAACAGACGAGGAUUCAGCGGAACAAAUUACAAGAAAGAAGAUUGAUUCCAAGAAACGUAAAAAUUUAACACAAUCAUCUGAAGAUGAAAUCCAGUCUAUUAUCUCUGAAAAUGAUAUAUCUCGAACUGAAAUUUCUACAAGGAAGAAGCUCGUCGCUAGAAGGACUCUUAAGAAAAUGGAAGAAAAAGUUACAGAGGAAAGAGAGACCCCACAGAUGAAAGCCAUCCGUGAAAAAAUGUUAAAAAAGAAAUCAAAAGCUGUUCAACAAAUUCAAGCUGUAUCACCUAAGGAUGUUAAGAAAACAUUGCCUCAAACACCUGAGAAAAGUAGUUCAUCAGAACUCAAUGUUGUAACCAAUUCAAAUUCAAAACUUGUUAAUACACCACAAAUGGAAGUGCUCUUAGAGAAAAUAGCAGGCAGAAAAAAUACCUCUAAAGCAAUCAAGGUCAAACAAGAAAAAGAUAGUACAAUAGUAUGUAAGGGGAAAGAACGUCGAACAAGAUUAAGGAGACAAAGCAUGCUUGACCAAACUGAUGUACCCAUUAUUUCAUCUUCUUCAGGAAACGAUAUUACGCGCGAAGUGAAAAGUCCAAAAGUGACACCAAAGAGGAGUUUAUUACAGCAUCGUGAUUCUAUUGAAAUGAACGCUGCAACAGUUAAACAAAGUCGAUUGUCUUGUAGAAAAAAUUUAGGGAAGGAGCGUAUGGAGAAAUUAAGGGAUAGCCUGGAGAAACAAAGCGAUGAUACCUCAAUUCAGUCUUCAUUGUCUGGCAACAAAUCAUCAACCUUUUAUAAACAGACUAGACUAGCAAAAGUUAGACUAACACGUUUAGAAGAAAAAGCCUUAAAAAAUAAACUCUCUAGUAAGGGAAGGAUGUGCGCUAAUAAACAGGGUGAACGUGCAAAUCCGUUUAAGGACACAGUAACUAUAACUGAUGACGAAGAACCAACAACCGCUAGAGAUAAUUCAAUGAGACAGUCUCAUAAUGAUUCGGCGUAUGAAGAAAUGGACUGGGAACCAUUGGAAGUUGAAAAAAUCACACACGAAGUCCAAGCAGUCAGAACGCAACUUUGUACAGAAAAUAGUACUAAGACAUUAUGUAAUAUAGGUAGUAAUACCUUAAAGUAUCCUCUCUUGCCCGAGCAACACGCAAAGGAGCAUUUAUAUAUUGUUGUUGAUACAAAUGUAUUUUUAUCAAAUAUUGAUGCUAUUGAAAUAGCAAAAGAAACUUCCUUUGUUACUUAUGAUAAGCCUAUAAUAGUAAUACCGUGGACUGUUAUACGUGAAUUGGAUUAUAUUAAAGAUGAUAAUAGCAAAACAAAACCAGCUACGUUAUGUGCAAGCGCGAGAAAAGCAAUUAAAUAUAUUAAUACAUUAUUCUCUUCUAACCAGUCACGCAUAAUGAGUCAAACACCGGAAGACGUUGCAAGGAAUAAAAGAAAAUUUUAUACCAGUUGUCCAGAUGACGAAAUUCUACAAACUUGUUUACAACUUCGAGAUUUAGGAAAGUUUGUGGUUUUAUUAUCAUAUGAUAUAAAUCUUUGUAAUAAAGCAAUGAUUUAUAAUAUUUCAACUCUUGGAAAGAACGACCAACUUGUAAAAAUUGGCCGUAUUGCUUCUACCUCUGGAAACGUACCUGCUUCGAAUUCUAAAAGCGCAGACAAAAAUCAAUUUACCAUAAAUUCCAAAUCGAUUGUAGAUUUCGAAUUAUCUUUAGCGGACGAUAUAUACGAAGAUAUUAAAAGUAUAAUAAGAGAUUUUCUAACAGUGAUAGUUAGCAAAGAAAUGCAUUCUCUGUAUGGAGAAUGUUGGGAAAAAUAUGUUCUUAUAAAACCACCUUGGACGACAAUAACAGUUUUACAAUGUGCUAUAAAACAUUGGAUAGCUAUUGUAAGUGAAUCAUUUACAAAGAAAGCAGAUGUUGUCAUGAAAGAAUUAUUGCAGAUAUUUAAAGAUACAUCUGACGGAAAAAGAUUGGAAGAACGUGGAAAUAUUUUGGAUAAAUGCAGCGCCCUGGUCCAGAUGCUCGAUGUGUCUAAACAUUCAGAUUUGAUGUUAAGAGCGUCUAAAAAAAUUGAAGAAGUGAAACAAAAGCUCGAUGAUUAUAUGGGUCAAGUAAAUGGAAAGAAGUUACACAGCAUAAUUGGAGUUGAAAAUGAUGUCGAAGAGCAAGAGCGCAGGGCACAGAAAGCUUUUCAGUUUUUCGAAGCAGCAUAUGUUUACGCUCGUGACAUGUGUGGUUUGGCCAGUAAGUCAAUGGGAAUAGUUUGGAAUUUUCAUCAUAAUAUUCCAAAUCCUGUUCCCCCUUUAAAUUAUUUGGAACAAAUUCAAUCACUUCUUACAAUCAACGUAAAUAAACUGGCGACUCAUCUAAUCGCCAUACUGGAGCAAGCCAAAAAAUCUUAUAUCGACAAGGAAGCAUUAUUUAAUUUACAUGAUACGUUGAUAAAUUUUCUUCCUGAAGAAGAGGCCAUAAAAUUUACCAAUAUAAAUUUAACGCCCCUUGAUGUAUAUUAUUGCAUAAAACGUAAGGAAGAUGUUCUAAUUCGAGGCUUGCAUCAAUUACAAGAGCUCGAUAGUCAGUUCUCCAAUUUGGCGAAUUAUAGAUACGCGUAAACUUAUGUACAUGUAAGUUGUUUAUCAAUUCCUUUAAAAUCAUGCUUUGAGUUUUUUUUAUAAACAAUAUAUGUAAAUUUGUGUUCGAAAAUGAUUCAGUUAGUAUAGUAAUGUAAAUACAGUACAGCUAAAAGCGGGAACUGAUCCGGAAGGUAUGAGGAACAUAUAAACUCUAAACUUUUUUUUUUAUUA